GAUGGAAGUCGCGGCGAGCCAAGUGGCGAGGAUGCCGAGGGUUCUGGCUGAGGUGGCAGAUAUCUUGGAACCUGUAGGCCUGCAGGAAGAGACUGAGCUGCCAGCCCGAAUCCUGGCAGAGUUUGUGAGGAAUUCCCAGAAGAAAGACAAGCUGCUCUGUAGCCAGCUUCAGGUUGUAGAUUUCCUACAGAAUUUUCUGGCUCAAGAAGAUACUGACCAGGACCUGAACCCCCUGGUUUCUGAAGCCACAAGCAGACAAAAGGCAGCUGUAGCUAAAGAACAAUGGAAGGAGUUGAAGGCCACCUACCUGGAACAUGUGGAAGCCAUAAGAAGUUCCCUGACCCACUUCCUACCACAGGUGGAAGAGGCCCAAAGGAAGCAUACAGAGCUCCAGGAGGCCUUUGAACAGCUCCAGGCAAAGAAACAAGUGACCAUGGAAAAGUUCAGAGCAGCUCAGAAGCAGCGACAACUGCUGCAAGAGAAGCAUCUACAGAGUCUGGCAAAGUUUUCUGCAGAGGUAAAGGAGCGUCAGACAGGAACUAAGCAGAAGCUUGAACGGCUCUACCAAGAACUUGCAGCCCUGCAACAGCAGGCAGGGCAGGAACAGGAUAAGCUGCAAAGGAACCAGACCUACCUUCAGCUCCUGUAUACCUUGCAGGGGAAGCUACCGGUCUCUGCCAGCGUAGUUACCACAGAAGAUGCCCUUCCAUCUGGAUCUCCUAAGGGAUGGACUGUGAAGUCGUGAGUAUAUCCUGGUGUCUGACUAUGAUAUGAAGGAGACAAUCAAUCUCUGGAGUCUUUUUCAGUUAAAAGCGCUGGUUCACUGUGUUGAU